AUGCCUUCUUAUAUGGAUAUCUUUAUGAAGAGUCAACCUAUAGUAUUUCAAGAUAAGAAAUUCCUAAAUAAUGUUUGCAGACUCGAAAGAUCAUUGUAUGGAUUAAAGCAAGCUCCUAGAGCUUGGUUUGACAGGUUAAGUCAAUUUCUAAGUCAAUCUGGUUUUACUGCAUCUAAAACUGACACAUUUUUGUUUUUCAAGAUAACUGCAUCUACUGCUUUGUAUAUCCUCGUCUAUGUAGAUGGCAUUCUUGUCACUGGAGAUAAUAUCACCUCUAAUACAUAUCGGUCAAACCUUAAACUUGUUCUGUCUUCUUUAACAAAUUCAUUCAACAAAACCAUCAUCCGCAAUGGAUAUUACAAUGACACAAUCGGUCGAAAGCCUAAUACCGCCUAUGGGUAUUAUCAGUGCAGAGGUGAUCUUACAUUAGAAGAAUGUCGAUACAAUGUUGAUUUAGCCGCUAAAGAAGUACUAGCUAUAGGCCGCUGCCCAAACUCUACAGAAGCAAUGGUCACAUACAAAGAACUAGUUGCUCUAAAAUUUUCCGAUCAAUCAAUCUUCUCAGUCAUGCGAGAUGCUCCAUCAUUUCCUCUCCCUAAUGCAAAUUCGGUCCCAAACCCGGAUGAGUUUAAUCCAGGACUCGGCAAAUUGGUGAAUAAUAUUUUGGAAAAAGUUGCUUCUAAUGGUGUCUCCAAUACUUCUUCUUCAACUAAUAGAAAUUUGUAUGCUACUGGAAGCAUAGACGUUUCGAGGUCACAGAAAAUAUAUGGGCUAGCUCAGUGCAGUGCUGAUUUAUCAGUUAAAAAUUGCACUCAAUGUCUUCGUGGGAGAAUUGAUGAUUAUCGGAAAUCGUACAGUGGCCGAGUAGGUGGCAGAGUUAUUUGUUGGAGCUGCUAUUUUAGAUAUGAGACGUAUCUUUUUUACAACGCAACUUCACCAUCGUCAAAGCCAAAGAUUUCGCGUGAAGUAUUCCUGAUUAUUGUAGUUGUUCCAUCAGUGAUUACAGUACUAUCCAUCAUAAUCAUUUUGUAUUUCUGCGAAAAGCGAAGAAAAAAAGGGCCUGCAAGGAAAACUGAUGAUAUCGAUGAGAUUCAAAGUGCUGAAUCUUUGCAAUACAAAUUCAGUAUGAUAAGUGCGGCUACACACAAUUUCUCAGAUGCGAAUAAGCUUGGGCGAGGCGGAUUUGGUACUGUAUACAAGGGAACACUGUCAGAUGGACAAGAAAUAGCUGUGAAGAGAUUGUCUGAAAAUUCCGGUCAAGGUGAAGAAGAAUUUAAGAACGAAGUUGUAUUAUUGGCGAAACUACAACACAAAAAUCUUGUAAGACUUUUAGGCUUCUGUUUAGAUGGAGAUGAGAAGCUACUCGUAUACGAGUUUAUGCAGCAUGGCAGCCUCGAUCAGUUUUUAUUCGAUCCUGUUAAAAGCACGCAUUUGAAUUGGGAAAGGAGGUACAAGAUUAUACGGGGCGUUGCUAAAGGACUUCUCUAUCUUCACGAGGACUCUCCACUAAAGAUUAUUCACCGAGAUCUGAAAGCCAUCAAUGUAUUAUUAGGAGAUGAAAUGGUCCCCAAAAUUUCAGAUUUUGGGAUGGCUAGGAUGGUGAAUCAAAAUCAAGCCAGCACAAAACGGAUUUGUGGAACUUUUAGUUAUAUGGCUCCAGAAUAUGCAAUGCAUGGUAAAUUCUCCGCAAAAUCAGACGUCUUUAGUUUCGGUGUGUUGAUUUUAGAGAUCCUGUGUGGAAAGAGGAGUAACUCUUUUGGUGGAUUUGAAGGUGCUAAAAAUGUCUUAAGCUAUGCAUGGGGCCUUUGGGAGGAGGGGAAAUCUGUAGAGUUGUUAGAUCCAUCACUAAGGGACUGUUGUUAUUCACCGAAGGAAGUGAUGAGAUGCAUCCAAAUUGGGUUGUUAUGUGGUCAAAAGGAUGUAGCUAAUAGACCCACAAUGGCGUGGAUUAUUCAUAUGCUCAAUAACCACUCUGUCGCUCUUCCAACACCUUUAGCACCAUCUGCUUUUGUGUUGUGCGGUGAAACAGAACCCAGCAUCCCUUCUGAAGAUGGUGACAACAUAAGCGUGAACCAGGUGUCAAUGACGGAAUUUUACCCUCGCUGACCAUGUACUACUAGAUAGAGUACAUCUCAGAGUUCAACUUAAGUUUAAGCAAAGAUGAUAACUAGAUGUAUAUUUGGAUUGUUUGCCAUGGAUGAUGCAUCGUGUGUGUGUGCAUCAUAGCAUAAUAGCUUG